CACUUUCCCGUCCAGGAAGGCGUGAAAACGGAGAACGAGCACAUCGACGUGAAAGUUACCGGGCAGGACGGCUCCGUGGUGCAGUUCAGAAUAAAGCGGCACACUCCGCUGAGCAAGCUCAUGAAGGUGUACUGCUGCCGGCAGGGCUUGUCAAUGAGGCACAUUAUGUUCCUGUUUGAUGGACAGCCAAUUAAAGAAGAAGACACACCUGCACAGCUGGAGAUGGAACACGAAGACACGAUCGAAGUGUACCAGCAGCAGACAGGCGGAGGGUGCUAAGACACAGCAUCUUUUGGAGAACAGUUUGAGGAUCCUCAUCACACCUCACUCUCUUGUCUGCGUGCACAAGUCAAAAUAGUAUCUGCAGGGACUGAGCUGUGUCUGAAUUUAACCAUUUGAAGUUCAGAUUGUGUGUUGUCUGUUGUUAGCCUUUCUUUAAUUUUUUUUUUUUUUUUCUUUCUUUAAACUUGUGGUCUAAGCAUUCAUCCGUGUGUUGGGACACUGAGUGUUCAUUCCUGGCUCUGGUUGGUCUUGCCCUUCUGUUUCAACUCAAGUUAUAUAAAUAGUUCAAUGUAUUUUCAUGC